GGGAGUAGACAGUGUGAGGAGCGAGCAGUCUACACUUUUCCUCCCUGAAGAAGUUGGACAAAAGGACACGGUCUGCAGGAUCUGGAUCAGGAUCAUUUAUCGCUUUUUAUAUCCUGAUAUGGAAUUUUUACUGGAUACUCGAGGACUACGAAAACUGAAGUCCCUGCUGAUAAUUUACCUCUUUGUCGUGAACACAGCAGGUGACUGUCCUAAACCUGCGGGACAUGGCCCAAUGAUUUUGUCCAAUGAAGCACUUUUGCGUAAUGAUUUCCCAGAUGGUUGUGAGGUCACUUUAUUGUGUACCGCUGGAUACUUCAAAGAAAGCGGAUCUGGAAUUAUAACAUGCAUUGAUCAGGAAUGGACUAAACCAGAUCUUAUAUGCAAAAAGAAGGACUGUGGUCCUCCUAAGCCAGAGCCAAAUAUGCAGUUUGAUACCAGUGCAGGUACUCUGUUUGGUGAUAUAAUACAAGUAACUUGUGAUAAGGGUUACAAGAUUAGGGGAAUGAGCUAUCGACAGUGCUUUGAUGGAGGAUGGUUUGGAAGAGGAACUUGUAACAUUGUCAAAUGUGGAAAACCUCCAGAAGUGACCAAUGGCAGAAGCCUUUGGGAUCUUCCAGAUAAUCCAAAAUAUGGUGACACUGUGAAGUACAGCUGUGAUGUAGGAUACACACUCAUUGGUGAUCCUAGCAUUAAAUGCAAUGAAAAUGGUCAAUACAGUUCACAACCUCCUGAAUGCAAAGGUGUGGCAACAGAACAUAGAAUUACAACAGAAAUGACAACAUUCUUUACCACAGCAGCAAAAGAGGCGUCCACUUCAGCAGUUAUAUCCACCACACCCACAGCCCCUCACAGAGAUAACACUAUCACAGUCACUGCAUCUGCAACUGUCUCACCUUCAGAACAAGGUGGCAAAAUCAUUUUGACACCCCAGGGUAAAGCUGCUACAACUAGUGCAACAACAUCUACAUUGUCUUCAUUUGAAGACAAGGGGAAGGCGGUCAUAGAUACUAACAAAGAUUUUGGAUAUAAAGCAGUUGCAAUCUCUGCAACAGUCACUGCUUUAGUUGCAUGCAUAGGUGCAUUCUUUUUAAACAAGCUUCUGAGGAGAAAAGGCUCAUAUGACACUGGAGAGGACCUGAAGCCGGAGUUAUUACAGUUCCAAAAUCUUUAGAUUGCCUUCCUCACUCAGCUCUGCAAAUGGAAUUGCACCAAUCAGUUAGACCAUCUGCCACCAACUAAGGACAUACCAACAAACCGAGAGCCUUUCUGAAUCAACGGGGGAAACAAGAAACCCACUUUUCAUACGUUUGCACUAUAUCAGGUCUUCAGACAUGCUGUGUGUUAUCACACUUCAAGAGGACAUUCCACAGAUUGUUGUUCACAUGCACUUUUUUAUAUAUAUAUAAAUUUUCAAAUGUUUUUUUUAAUUGGCACAUGAACACAAGUUUGUAAAUAUUUUAUUUAACUUUUGAGCAUUAUUUAUGUUUUAAGUAAACAGUUUAACAUUA